UGCUUCAACAACGAUUCGAGCAUGUAAAACCUCUGCUGGACUUAAUACGCUGGUGGGGUCAACUGUUCGACGACUGGUGGUCCUGGAAAAAUCCUCUUCACUCCAUAUUUGGACUGAUAUGCUAUCAGCUGCUGAUCUACAACUUCAAGGUCUACUUCAUCCCUCUCUACAUGAUUAUGAUUAUGCUUAAAAACCGAUUCUACUCCCCCACCAUCGACGUCGUUCAGUAUGGCAUAAAGACCAAUAAAAAUGUUGCCCGGCUGGCGUCAAAACAAGAACACGAAAUCUACAAACGACAGUUUGAUUUAUUGGAACAGCUGCAGAAGGAGACCGACGGGGCAGAAGAGGACAAUCGUUCCGAUGCCCAGCCUUAUUCUCCGGAUAUCGGGUCGACUGCUAUACAAAACCAUACCGAGGACACGUUAGAAGAAGAAGAAGAAAAGAUCGCCAUCACGUCUAAGCUAUCUCUCAUCUGUGGCGUAUUUUCGAAUCAGUUGGCAAUUGCUGUCUGUGAUUUCGCUUGUAGUAUGCGAAAAAGGCAGCUUUUGUCAAUUUCAGUUCAAAAUAAGAGGGCUUAA